AUGGAGCCCAAGGAUGAGACGUGCAACUACGAGGACAUCAUCAGUCCUUCGAGCAACAAGAACCUGCAGGUGCAGUUUGUCUUGUCAUUGAUGCUGGGACUCUCGGCCCUGCUCACUUUUUGUAUACUCCGACCGAGAUGGCCAGCACUUUACGCGGCGCAUAAACGCCGCCUCGACCCGCAUGUCGACCUGCCGACCCUGACGGAUUCCUUCUUUGGAUGGAUACCACAGCUGUACAGAAUCAGCGAGAAACAGGUCCUCGCUGCUUCUGGCCUCGACGCCUUCGUGUUCUUGGCCUUUUUCAAAAUGGCUAUUCGUCUCUUCUCAAUCAUGGCUUUCUUUGCCAUUGUCGUUCUAGGACCAAUAAACAUGAAGUUUCGAGGCGAAGGGCUGGAGCUUCCCUUGAGACCACCACCAGAUCGCGAUUCACGUCGAACCGGUUGGCAGCUACUCGGCGAAUCGUCGUCACUGCUUGGAGCCGACCUAGCUAUAUUGAAAGAUGAUGACGAGGAUAAAAGUCGUGAAAUGCCAUACUUGUGGGCAUACGUCUUCUUUACAUACUUCUUCGUCGCCCUGACGCUCUACUCCAUCAACUGGGAGACGUUUCGGAUCAUCGAUCUUCGCCAAAAGUACUUGGGCUCCCAGUCCACCAUCACGGACCGAACCUUUCGACUUACGGGUAUCCCCAAGAAGCAUAGAUCCGAGCAAAAGCUCAAAGACCUGAUUGAGAAGCUCGAUAUUGGUCUUGUCGACUCGGUCACAUUGUGCCGUGAUUGGGAAUACCUUGACCGGCUUAUUUCUGAGCGGAACAAGUUGUUGCGGAAAUUGGAGGCAUCCUGGGCGCAGUAUAUAAAGUCCCGACGCGUCGACAUGAAGCAGCACAGUGAUGCCACCCAGACAGAAGAUGUAGACGCUGUCAACGGCCAAGGCUGCGGCGCCAACAGUGACGAGGAGGCUGCGGAAAACGCUCGGCUACUUUCCGGCGAGCCAGAUCAGUCGCACAUCUACAGAGGGGACAGGCCGCAACUCACCCUGAGAUAUGGCCCCUUGCUGCUGUGCAGCCGUAGGGUCGACGCGAUUGAUUACUACGAGGAGAAGCUCCACCGCAUCGAUGAGCAGGUGGUCGAGGCCAGGAAAAAGGAAUACCCAGCAACAGAUAUGGCGCUCGUCACCAUGGACUCUGUCGCAUCUUGUCAGAUGGUUAUUCAGGCCAGAAUAGAUCCUCGGCCUGGCCGGUUUUUGACUAAAGCAACGCCAUCGCCGUCCGACCUUGUGUGGAAGAACACAUAUGCUUCGCGAGGCAUUCGCCGGUUAAAAGCCUGGGCCAUCACUCUCUUUAUUACGGUCCUGACUUUGCUUUGGAUCUUCCCGACUGCCUUCCUAGCGUCCUGGCUCAGCAUAUGUACAAUCGAUCAGUUCUUGCCCAGGUUCGCUGCCUGGCUAAGCGACCACCCCCUCAUCAAGUCGUUCUUCCAAAACAGCGCGCCCACCUUGGUAGUCUCGCUCCUCAACGUGUCAGUCCCUUACCUCUACGACUGGUUGUCGAAUCACCAAGGCAUGGUGUCCCAGGGAGAUGUUGAACUGUCCCUGAUUUCCAAGAACUUCUUCUUCACCUUUUUCAACACCUUUUUCGUAUUUGCCGUGUCAAGGACGGGUUUCGAAUUCUGGAGCGUUCUGAGACGCUUUCUCAAAGACACGAGCUUGAUCCCAAAGCUAAUCGCGCAAGAUGUGGAGCAGCUGUCCGUCUUCUACAUGUCCUUCAUCAUGCUUCAAGGCAUUGGCCUCAUGCCGUUCCGAAUCCUCGAAGUCGGGAGCGUGAUUCUGUUCCCCCUAUAUCGAUGGUUCUCCGUCACACCCAGGGAUUACGCUGAACUACAAAAGCCGCCGACAUUCCAAUACGGAUUCUACCUACCCACCGCCCUGCUAGUCUUCAACUUGUGUAUCAUAUACAGCGUCCUGCUCAAAGGGUAUGAAAUUCUGCUUUUCGGAAUCAUCUAUUUCGGCCUGGGAUAUUUCACGUUCAAGUACAUGCUACUCUACGCAAUGGAUCAACCUCAGCAUGCUACUGGUGGUGCGUGGCGUAUAAUCUGCUACCGUAUCGUCAUUGGCCUCCUGGUCUUCGAGACCGUCAUGGUUGGGCAAAUUGCUUCCUCCAAGGCUUUUAUACAAUCCGCUGCAGUGCUACCGCUUCUUCCAUUCACAAUCUGGUACAGCUUUUACUUCAACAGGCGCUUCGAGCCUUUGACCAAGUACAUUGCGCUACGGGCGAUCAAAAAGGGUGGGCACGGAGACGACGAGGGCUACUCCGAGGAGGCGGUUGAGGAGCAGGCGUCGGAUGAAGACGUGCCACACUUUCACCAGCAGCUGCUUAGAAGAGGGAGCACUUUGGAUGAGUUUAAAGAAAGGGGACUGACAUUUGUCAACCCUAGCUUGUUUACUCCCUUGCAACAACCAUGGGUAUACAAAGAUCCUCCCACCUUGCCAGAAGAAGAGUCUACCGCUGAUGGCCAAUCUUCACCAGACGAGCCAACCGUCAUCUUGCCCAACGCCGACAGCUCAUUAGGCAUUGGGGACGACAAUGUAUGGUUAGACAGCACGCGCAGAAGUUAG